GUUGCACAAAAACCUGGGAUCUUUUAGGAGACUCCUCCCAGUCGGGGGAGGUUUGGGGAGCAGCUGAUACAGCAAGGAGGGCUCUUGCAAGGAUUCAAGUUCCAGGAGCCCUGGAGGAGUGGCACAGAGGGGGAGACUGUGGCGAGAGAAUGAAGAAGCCAACCGCCCGGGAGAAGCAUGAGGUGGCAGUGUGGCACUCGGUUUAGAGGGCUUCGGCCGGCGGCGGCCCCAUGGGCAGCCCUGCUGGCGCUGGGCCUCCCCGGUUGGGUGUUGGCAGUCUCGACCACGGCUGCGGGUGCGGCCCCCGAGCAGCAUGCCUCCUCGGCUGGCCAGCCGCCCCUGGACUGGCUGCUUACCGACCGGGGCCCGUUCCACCGCGCGCAGGAGUAUGCUGACUUCAUGGAGCGCUACCGCCAGGGGUUCACCACCAGGUACAGGAUCUACAGGGAGUUUGCCCGUUGGAAAGUGAACAACUUGGCUCUGGAAAGGAAGGACUUCUUCAGUUUGCCAUUGCCUCUUGCCCCGGAAUUUAUCCGGAACAUCCGCCUCCUUGGAAGGAGACCUAACCUGCAACAGGUUACAGAAAACCUGAUCAAAAAGUACGGCACUCAUUUCUUACUGUCUGCCACACUUGGAGGAAAUCUUGCUUCUCCUCGAAUUGGAUGUGCAGUCGGUCGUGCAUGCACCUACCUGCCCCAGGUCACGGAGACCAGGACUGGCCCUCUGGGCUGCAGCAAUUAUGACAAUCUGGACUCAGUCAGCUCUGUCCUGGUACAGAGUCCGGAGAACAAAGUGCAGUUACUUGGCCUGCAGGUGCUGCUGCCAGAGUACCUGCGUGAGCGCUUUGUGGCCGCCGCGCUCAGCUACAUCACGUGCAGCUCUGAGGGUGAGCUCAUCUGCAAGGAGAAUGACUGUUGGUGCAAGUGCAGCCCCACCUUCCCAGAAUGCAACUGUCCUGAUGCAGACAUCCAGGCCAUGGAGGACAGCCUGCUGCAGAUCCAGGACUCCUGGGCAACUCACAACCGGCAGUUCGAAGAGUCAGAGGAAUUCCAGGCCCUGCUGAAGAGGCUGCCAGAAGACAGGUUUCUGAACGCCACAGCCAUCUCCCAGUUUUGGGCCCUGGACGCCGGCCUGCAGCAUCGCUACCGGCAGCUGGCGGCCAGCUUGAAGGUGCUGUUCAAGAAGACCCGCCGCCUGGUCCGCAGGCUCUUCAGCCUGUGCCAGCGCUGCCACCGGCAGCCGCGCUUCCGCCUGCCCAAGGAGAGGUCCCUGUCCUACUGGUGGAACCGAAUCCAGUCCCUUCUCUACUGUGGAGAAAGCACCUUCCCUGGCACCUUCCUGGAACAGAGCCACAGCUGCACCUGCCCCUAUGACCACGCUUCCUGCCAGGGCCCCAUCCCUUGUGCCUUGGGUGAAGGGUCUGCAUGUGCUCACUGUGCUCCAGAAAACAGCACACGUUGUGGGAGCUGCAACCCAGGCUACGUGCUUGCCCAGGGGCUGUGCCGGCCAGAGGUGGCCGAGUCCCUGGAGAACUUUCUGGGGCUGGAGACAGACCUGCAGGACCUGGAGCUGAAGUACUUGCUGCAGAAGUGGGACAGCCGCAUCGAGGUACACGCCAUCUUCAUCAGCAAUGACAUGCGCCUGGGCAGCUGGUUCGACCCUUCCUGGAGGAAGCGCAUGCUGCUCACGCUGAAGAGCAACAAGUAUAAGCCUGGGCUGGUGCAUGUGAUGCUGGCCUUGUCCCUGCAGAUCUGCCUCACCAAGAACAGCACCCUGGAGCCUGUCAUGGCCAUCUAUGUCAACCCCUUUGGGGGCAGCCACUCUGAGAGCUGGUUCAUGCCCGUGAAUGAGGCUGACUUCCCCUACUGGGAAAGGACUAAUGUGGAUGCAGCUGCCCAGUGCCAAAACUGGACUAUCACUUUGGGCAACAGGUGGAAGACCUUCUUUGAGACAGUCCAUGUUUACCUACGGAGCCGAAUCAAGUCCCUGGAUGACAGCUCCAAUGAGACAAUCUACUAUGAGCCCCUGGAGAUGACAGAUCCCUCCAAGAACUUGGGCUACAUGAAAAUCAACACACUGCAGGUCUUUGGCUACAGCCUGCCCUUUGACCCGGAUGCUAUCCGGGACUUAAUUCUCCAAUUAGACUACCCGUACACUCAAGGUUCCCAGGACUCUGCCCUCUUGCAGCUCAUAGAGCUUAGGGACAGGGUAAACCAGCUUUCUCCACCUGGCAAAGUCCGGCUUGACCUCUUCUCCUGCUUGCUCCGGCAUCGGCUCAAGCUAGCCAACAAUGAGGUGGGCAGGAUCCAGGCCUCUCUGAGGGCUUUCAAUUCCAAGCUGCCAAACCCCGUGGAGUAUGAGACAGGCAAACUCUGUAGCUAAUGGGGGGUCUGCGCCAGUGCUGGACAGGGAGGGGAUCCAUGAAUCCGGGUGUGAAGAUCGCUCAAGCCCUCACCUAGUGCCAACAGGGUGCUCCCUUUGAGACUUCUAGCAUCCAGCCGACAGGACCUUGGGGCUUGGACUGAGCAGGCAGGAGAGAAAGACACAGCUGCUGCACACAUGCACAUACCACACGUGUGAACUCACACACACACACACACACACAGACACACCCACUCACCCGGGAAAGCUACAACUCCGCAGCCUUGAAUCUGUAAAGUCAGUGCUUCCUCAAAUGAAUGCAACUGAAGGAGAGCAACCAACCAAUGGAGAGACGAGGAACAGGAGCCAGCCAAACCAUGAAACAACAGAUCCUUAAAAGCGAUUCUUACCAAUCAAGAAAGCAAGUGGGGACAACAAUGGGAGGGGUACCAGCUCUUCCUCUCCCUCUGUGGAGUCACUUUUGUAUUCUUUUUAACCAAAUUUCUUAAAAUGCGUUGUUUCGUGAUAUUCCACACUGGUUCUUACUUUUUGUGUGCUGCCCCCCAUGCCCCGCAAGCCACAACCCACAACCCUCCCAGACACUGACUGCUCCUCAGGCCGGCUCCCUUGGAAAACUCAAAAAGUGACCCCAACAGAGCCCCGCUCAGGGCAGGCGGGCAUGCUCUGCCUCGUCACCCCAUCCUCCCACCAGCCCCCUCGCUUCCCUGUCCUCCCCAGUUUCAGGGCCCUGGCUUGCUCCACAUUCCCCUGGUCCAGCCAGAGCUCCUCUUUCAAGAAGCACCUGAUCUGUCUAAGAAAGCAGCUCUGUCAAAUCAGAGAGAGACAAUGUAUAGGGCAAUGUUCUUUUUAAAAAACAAACAAAAUAUUUAUUUUGUGACUGUUUUCCUUGUCAAUCUGCUUCAGCCACAUGAACAUGAGUAAAAAUUUACCUGGUUUAAUAUAUUUUUUAAAGAAGGCUUUUUUUAGG